UGAAACUAUUUCCCGGAGAAGAACUCGACCGCAAACAUAAACAUGGGGCCUGAAAUUGACAAUAAAAGCGCUACAGACGCAAGUUACAUAGAUGAAAGUGUCAGUUUUCCCCACGUUACCGCUGUCGCUACUGGGUGGACGUUGGACUUUAUGUUUGUGAGCCUGUGUCGGCAUUUCAAGGAAGGAAAACAUGAUGAAUUCAAUGAAACUCUUUCUACUUUCGAGACCAUUUAUCAGUGUUCAUCUCUGAAAGGAAGACUUCAUAAUGAGAAAGCCAUGAUCUGUGCCUUCCUGGCUAGAGUCGUGCAUGGAAAGAAAUUGGAUGUCCUGUUUGAAGAGGAUUCCUGUGUGAUGCCUCUGAUGUCCGCAGCCAAAAUAUGGUCAAAGCUAGAGGACACCGUGGCAGACGAAAGCUUGUUCAAAAACAUUACCAUCCUUUUGAUUGUCCAGUCUGUGGCUGUGUGCAUGGAGAAAGGCCAGAGAUCCUCUGCCUCUUCUGCCCUCAAGUGGUUUGAGAAUAACCAUGGAUUCCCACAGAACUUGGGAGUUAAGCUGUCGACAAUAGUGACACAGAAGGAAACAUACCACCCAUUCCUUUUGAGCUUCAGCUUCAGCCGCCUGCUGGAGACAGUACAGUCUUACUUGGAUGCCUACUUGGAGAAGAACCCCUCUGACUACCUUCUCAAGGCAGCUACAAAGACGGUCCAGUCAUCACAGAACAUGGAGGGUUUGGAGGACACGGUGACACGGGACAACUCUUUGUCAGAAACAGCCAACGAAUUAAAACUGCAUAGAAAGAAAAAGGAGAACGCUGCAGGUUUGAGAACAAAACGAAAACUACUGUCAACCAAAAUAACUGAUGUAUGGAAACCUGAUUCAUGCAAGAAGCCGUUAGUCUCUCUCAGGAGAAUGUCCAAGAGUGAGUUGUCUCGGAUGAUAUCUGAGAAGUCAAUGGUCUGCUUUGAGAAGUCAAUGGAUUCCUCAGAAAACAAGGAAAAAACAAAAAAAAGAAAACCACCUCAGAAAUGGACUCCCCAGCUGGAUAAAUACCUCACGGAUGGUGUUAAACGUCACGGCCAGGGGAAGUGGUCUCGCAUAUUAUUGGAUUAUGACUUUGAAGGACGCAGUGGCACAAUGCUCAAAGACCGCUGGAGAGUUCUAAUGAGGGCACAUAAAGUCGGCUGAAAACAUGCAGUGCCUCUCUAACUUGUAUAAUGUAGCAAUUUGGUUGUAAAUAAAAUACUGAUUUAGCUGGUCCACUAAUUUAACCCAUUGCAGAGUGUAGCCUAAUUGCUUGUUGUUUGAUUGAUGUUCCUGAAUGUUAUUGGUGUGUUAGGUUUUGCUGCUUGUUUGAACCAAGAAAGUGUACCACUAGAAGGAACUCAACACAGAAUAAUAAAUUGGGAUGUUUGCAUUUCCUUCUAUGACAGGAUACAUUUGAUAGUAUAUGAAAUCUGUAACUGUGUCCCUCUAUUUUGCACAAUAUAGCAGUUCUUUAAUUAAAACAUGUGAUUAGCUUUUCUCAUUUUAAACAGUUGAAAUUGUGCUUUUCUGCAGCUCUGUUUGCACCAUGAAAAUAUCUUACCACCAGAGGGCAGUCAACACAACAAUGAGCUGGGCUGCCCCCUGUGAUAGGGAACAUUACAUGGCAUCUUUUUGUUGUUGUUUCUGUUUCAUAAAGGGAAAAAAAUGCACAAUUCACAAUACAAAUGUAAAAUAGCUUUAAAAGUUAAAUAUUUUUGCCAGAAAAUAUUGUCAAUAAAGGAAUACAGCAGUGGCUUGUUUCAAUAAAGACAUGCAAAAUACA